AUGACUCACGUCGGGUUGUUGGCAUGUUAUGCUGGCCUUCUCGCCGGCGCCGCCGCACCAGACUUCUCAUCGGCACUUUCCCUUCGCUCUAGCACGGCGACAUCUCAGCAAAACAGCCUCAGCACAAACAUAUUUGCAUCUGGCGAUGUUUCGCCGCAGACGCCGACGCCUCCCCAAGCCGAUGAGAAAACUGAAGAUUGCCUGGCCAUCAUAAACAAGCUGAGGAGCGAAAAUCUCAAGGACCUCUUGGGAACCCUCGCAAAGGCAGAGGGCACUGAGGUGACUGAAAGCCUGAAGGCGAUCAAAAUAGAGGAACCAGCAAGCCCUACUGCGCCGAAAAUUGCAGUAACACUUGCUGGCAGCAAUGUAGACACAUGCGAAUCUGGCGAAGGCGCGAAUGCGAAGAAGUAUCCCGGACUCGUUAUUCCAUUCCCGCAUGACACGGAGUUCAACUGCAACGCAUUGAUCCAGGCGACUUACACUGCUGGACUCGACCACCUCAAACAAUCGAACUUCGAGCCCUCAACAGGAACAUAUGAUGUUGAAAACGCUCCAUUUAAUAACGUGAACGCCAGCAAUGUGGCGUUUCUGCUAUCGGAGAAAAGCAAGAAGGUCUCAUGUGCCGCCACCAAAGACUGCAAAGCUGGCCACGACGUUUUAUUCUGCUACUUCAUAGAUCCACUUCGAAAAGAAGACAAGCCUUUCACAGCGGAGCUUUACAAUGCCCUCUGGGGAUUGGAAGCAGGCGCAGCGUCCAUCUCAUUUCCCAGCGUCGCCACUGUUGUUUUUAUCCUCGCUCUAAUUAUUCGGACUUGA